AUGAUUUCAGAAGAACUUUUGGAGGAGUGCUUGCAGAUUCUCCAGGAUGAAGCUCUUGACGAGGAAGAUCAGGCCGAGAAAGUCGAAGACUUUAUUCGCGAAAAGACCUCGUUAUCGGGCCCAGCUCUCGAAAAUGCCGUGCUGGACGUUCUUUGGCGCCAUCGAAAUCGCACUUUGCCCAACGCCUCUCCACCUCCUCCUCGCCAUACAGUCAUCCGUCGCUCGUCCCCCGCUCCCUGGCAGAUGGCCCGCUCAGCCACGCCCUUAUCGCCUCAUUCCAACCUAGGCACCAGUCCUGGAAGUACUUCCUGGCUUCAGAGCUCCCGAGGGGGGUAUCCGCGACCCCCGCUUUCCUCAACAGUAUCACCCUUCACCUCCCCGCGCCCGUCACCUCGGCUCGCUUUGGCUCAACCUAUACCCCACUCUCCGAACUUGAAUGCAUACGAGUUUUCCGACCAGAGUCAUGUGUCAGACUUCUACGGAGAUUUUGGCAGCGAUAGCAAUGUCGAUUGGUUGGUCGCGGAUGAUGCCAACAGUGUCGCAUCAUCCUUAGGGACGCCGAGUCUCACAGCAGCAUUGAGUGCGACAGCUCCAGAGUUCGUUCCCGACAUGAGUCCGCAUGACAUUCUGCGCACUGUUCUCGGAGACAAACGGUCAAAUGAUGAGAUUGAAGCAGCACUGGAAGCGAAUAGCUACGAUCUUGGCGCCACAAUCGCAUCCCUUUCACAAUUCACAGACGGAGAAGCUUUGUUGAAUCAAUCGGAUGAUAGCCAUGUUGUGGUGGGAAAAUCGAUGUCCAUGGAGCAGCCCAAAGCUGCCAGUCCGUCGCUGCAGAGUCGCAGUCCGGUGGUCUGCAAAUACUGGCUAUCCACCGGACAAUGUCUUCGUGCGGACUGUCGGUUUAGCCACGACCUCACCAAUCACCUUUGCAAGUACUGGGUGAUGGGCAAUUGCCUUGCCGGUGACGGUUGCCCGUUUUCUCAUGAUCCAUCAGCCCUGGUUGCAAACAUGAGCUUGUCAGACGGAAGUCAGACAAUCCCGAGCGGCCCGCAAUUCCAUAUAGAGAAUGUUUCAGAUGCUUUCCCUCCUCUCCAGUCUGGGGGUGGAGAGCAGUGGGGUGGCCAAUACUUUGGAAAGUAUCCCGGCCACCUAUCGGGCCUGUCUGGUGGAAAGCAUUCGCCGCAGGCUAUGCAGUAUGUUAUGGGGAAACGAAACGGCAGCAUGACGAACCUUUCUCGACCCCAGUCUCGACCAGGGAGCCGACAUCAGCAUAGGGACUUAAAUCCGGCUGCUCUGUCGGUCGAUGAUCCGGACGCAUUCCCUACCCUGGCUGCUAUGAGCGCGAGGAACAGUGGAAAGAAGCAUCAUGGAAAACGAGGCGCGCACAAUCGUGAGAACAAUCCAAGCAAGGAGAAUCUUCCCGCUUCCCUAGCGGAUGUUGUUCGCAUGUCACCAUCCCCAGUCCCAGGAAAAGGAAAAUCCACGUCCAAGAAUGGCAAGGACACAGCCAGAGGCCGAGAGUUCAGCGCCGCUGCCCAGUCUAUUCCAGCGCCACAGAAUAUCCCUUGGCUCGAGACAGGGGCCCGUGCCAACGAACAGUAUAUCAAGUAUCGGACGAAGGCAAUAGGCCAUGGUACGGUGAGAAACAAGUUCCUCCAAGGUGCCGCCCAAGCCUGGAACCGGAAUGAUGCCAGGGCAGCCAAGGCACUUUCUCUGCGGGGCCAAGCUGAGAACGAAGCAAUGAGGAAGUGCCAUCGCGAGGCAGCCCGGCAAUUAUAUGAAGAACGGAACAAACAUCUGUCUCAUGCUGGCCUAGAGGAUUCAUCAGAGGAGUUGUAUAUCGAUCUGCAUGGGCUGCAUCCAGAAGAGGCUAUUGAAUACCUAGAGAAGAUUUUGCUGAAGCAUGCUCGUGAGGGCCGGAGAGUGGUCUAUGCCAUCACUGGCACCGGCCAUCAUUCCAAGAAUGGCAAGGACAAGAUCGGCAAGGCUGUCAAGGCCUGGUUGAACGAAUGGAAGUACCUCUUCCGCGAGUUCAGCGUCCCAGGCGAAAGAGGUGGAUAUGUUGGGGGUAUUCUAGGCAUUGACCCAACGAGUUAUGACAAGAGUUUGGCGAGGAGCUUUGAAGAGAGUGCCGAGGCAAAGUCUGACGUCGAUGCCAUCCCGCCUGUGCUAACGAUGGGCAAGAUUCAGUUGUUGAAACGCGAAGAUUUGGAACCGAAAACAUAA